GUUCUCUAUGGACCAAUCAGAGCCGGCCUUAUGUCAUAAGGGACCAAUCGCAGAAGUUUGCCAUGACAUAAUCGCCGCAAAUAGUCGGCAUUGAGUUCGCGAGCACUAUCUUCAAGUUUUCUCUGUUAGUCGGUCGCCGAUGUUCAAUUGUUUUGGACGCUGCGCGCGCGCUUGCGAUGAGUAUAGUUGUCCGGAACAAUUGGCAGUUUGCGAGCGACGGGAUUUUUUUUUACGAUCAAAGCUCCAGCCAAUCAGCAGCCACCUCCACGGACCAGAGUGAUUCCAGUGACCACCAAAAGAGCUAGUUUACUAAUAGUGACUCACUAGUGAGACUGCCCUUGAGCUGAAGGGCGCAGAUAUAAAUAGAUAGACUUAUUGGAAGCAGAAGAAGGCAGGCGAACCUUCUUCGUCCAUCCAAGUAAAACAAGCACUGUGAUCAAAGUAGUUUGUAAAGCGUAGCCAGUGAUACUAAUUUUACGAUGCACAACCUCAAUGUGACGUUAGCUGAGGCGGCAGCCAAUGCCGCCAAUAGCCUCCUAGUGGAGAGUGGCGGCACCACUCCACGCACCCCCGAAAUACUCAACUCACUCAUCGCCAUGACGAAUCCUCUGGAUGGAUAUCACUUUGGAGACGACGCUCCCAAAAUCGUAUCCGCGGUCCCGCCCACUUCUAGCACGAGCAGCGACUCCAACAGCUCGAGUAGCAGCCAGGUGGAGUCGCCAGUGGGCAACAAUCCGCCCUCUGUGCAACAUACGUGUUCGCAACUGAUCAAGGCCGGCUUGAAGCUGACAAUCGAGCAGAAGCGGAAGCACACGAAGAGCGACGAGGACUUCUUGGACCUGGACACGGUCAAGCGGGCGAGAAUGCGGAGCGACUGCAGCGAGAGCGAGGAGGACAAGAUCAAGCAGGAGCCGAACGGGCUGACACCCGAAGACGAGGAGCGUAGACGGCGCCGACGCGAACGAAACAAAAUCGCAGCGACCAAAUGCCGGUUGAAGAAGCGCGAGCGUACCGCCAACUUGAUCCACGAAGCGGAAACGCUCGAAACGCAAAACGUCGACUUGAAGAAUCAGCUGCAGGAGCUGAAGAUUCAGGAGCGGAAGCUGAUGGAUGUGCUGAACGUGCACAGGCCAAUCUGUCAACACAGUAUCGGCCCGGCCACGAAGGAGAGUCUGUAUAAAUUGCCCCCGGUGACGUCAGUGAUUGACCCCUACACCCGAACGCCCACCACCUCGUCGUCCAUGUACAGGAAUCAAAACCAAGAGAUUUACUCCAGGUCUUCUUACCACUUUUCCUCCUCUGCCUCAAAGGCGCCGUGUAUAGUGGUGGAAGAGGUGGACGAAUAUGACGACACGCAGCAGUUUAUAAACCUGAGGGACGUCAUCAAUCCCUCCCCCUACUACAAUCCCCCCACAUCCUGCCAUAGUUAUUCGUCCAAUCAGAAUUACGGCAACGGUUGUAUGGCCUAGCUGUUGGUCUUCCUUUUUCUUCGCGCCCACAAAGAGCGACACGAAAGAGGAAGAUUUAGAGUUACGCAAAUUGUCCAUCAGGUUCCUCUUUAAUUUAUGUAAAAUUCGAUAUUGCUUCGAAUCAAAAGACAUGUUUUUCUAGUUCAAAGGGGAGUCAGUGACGCGACUUGGCAGCGGAUGGUUGUGUUUUAAGUCAACGGGAUUUCACUCUCUAGUUUUCCUUAUAAUAAUUAUUCAGUUUUGCCUACAACCGUUUUCCUCGAUUACGGUCGAAAAUCCAGUCAUCAGUCAAUAAAUCUGGUCAAAAUUACCGACUGCUGCAAUCUCCUCAGUCAUGGACAGGGGGCGCUUACAAUUCUUGACAAACCAUGCUUCCUUAACUUAGAUUAAGAACUAUUCUAGUACUUCGUAGGUGUUCAUGCUAUCACUAUGUAUUUUAAUAUAUUUCUAGGUUUUCUACGAAGGAUGUUUUAACAAAACAAGCACCAAGUUUUCGUCUUUAACUUUGUUACCGUAUUUUUAAAGAUCUGAGUUUAUUAACGCGUUACGAUUUUACAUCACGGACUACGACUGCAAGUCUUGUAAUUGGUAAACUUUUGAAAUACGCAUGCGAGCAGUCCGUGCCAGAUAUAUAUUGUUUGUAUUGUUGACUAAUAUAGUUGUUCGCCAAUUAAGCAUUCCAGUAAAAAACUAGAAGGCAAAUCGGUUUUUUACAUUUUCUAUAUUUUUGUACUGCGCGCUAUUUACAGCCGAUUUGUACAUUUCGACGUUAUACUAUUUAUUAUUAUUAUUAUUAUUAUUGUUAGUGUACAAUUAUUUUUCUACUUAUCUUUAUCUGCUUAAGUUUAGGCGAUUUUGUACUUCGCGGUCUUUGAUUGGGACUGUUUGUUUUUCGGUUGGUUCCACUAGCUUGGGCCAAUUAUUUCAGUAUAAUUUGCGCUUUAAGCUCUAUAGGCUUCCAUUUAGUUGUACGGGGCGUAGUACAAAAGUGGCUGUAACGGCGCCGGUUUUUUCGUUUCCAGGGCCCACUUAGUUCAAAACCAGUACGAGGAUUUUUUACUAAAACAGCCACUUUUCUAUUACGCGCUUUAAAACAGUUUAAUUUUUUGCGCAAAAAAAUUAACUUAGUUUUUGGAAACUUGCACAAGGCCAGAACUAUUAAAGUUGUCGAUUUUGUGAUAAAAAAACCAUUAUACUUUAUUAAAAAUUGUUUCACAGUGCCAUCACUUUUUUGUAUAGUUUUAUCGACUUUCUAUGCAAUUAUGCUGCUUUGUUUCUAUUCUUUUACUCAUUUGAUUUUUACUUUUAUGAAAAAGUGCGACUUUUUGCUAACGCCAGUUACCUGUAGCACAAUAAUUACGGGUUCUAAUUCAAAGUGGUCACCUAGUGCCUUGACAGAUUAACAGAGUUUACACAAUGAUUCUAUUUUGAAAAGAUCGUAUGUAUUUUGAAAAAGUAUAUCUAUUUUAUAUUGAAAUAAAAUGCAAUUUCAUUUA